AGCGCGCGGCCCCGCCCCUUCCGGCGCGCGCGCGGACAUGGCGGCCGUGCCCCAGGAGGAGGAGGCCGGGCCCGCGCCGGGCCCCAAGCGCAGAGAAAAGCAGAGGAACAAGAACAAGAAGAAAGCGGCGCCAGUUGAUGAAUCUGAACUCCUCACUGUGCCAGAUGGAUGGAAAGAGCCAGCCUUUACAAGAGAGGAUAAUCCCAAAGGGCUGCUGGAAGAAAGCAGUUUUGCAACACUGUUCCCGAAGUAUAGAGAAGCCUACUUGAAAGAAUGCUGGCCACUUGUCCAGAAAGCUUUGGGUGAACAUUAUGUGAACGCAGCGCUGGAUCUAAUUGAAGGAAGCAUGACUGUCACUACUACUAAGAAGACUUUUGAUCCAUAUGCAAUCAUUAGGGCCAGAGACUUAAUAAAACUUCUGGCAAGAAGUGUUCCAUUUGAGCAGGCAGUUCGUAUCCUUCAGGAUGAUGUUGCAUGUGACAUCAUUAAGAUAGGCUCUCUGGUGAGGAAGAGAGAGACUUUUAUAAAAAGAAGAGCACGGCUUCUUGGGCCAAAAGGAUCUACUCUGAAGGCUCUGGAACUGUUAACAAACUGUUAUAUUAUGGUGCAAGGCAACACUGUUUCAGCUCUUGGACCCUUUAGUGGGCUAAAAGAGGUUAGAAAAGUUGUUCUGGACACAAUGAAGAACAUACAUCCCAUAUAUAACAUCAAGACUUUGAUGAUCAAAAGGGAAUUAGCAAAAGAUCCUGAACUGAGGACACAAAGUUGGGAAAGAUUUUUGCCUAAAUUCAAGCGGAAGAACUUGAAAAAACGCAAGGAGCCCAAGAAGAAAAAUACUAAGAAGGAGUACACACCAUUCCCACCUCCACAGCCAGAAAGUCAGAUUGAUAAAGAAUUGGCAAGUGGUGAAUACUUCUUGAAAGAAAGACAGAAGAAACGCAAGCAAAUGGAAGAGAUAAAGGCAAAGCAAGCAGAUGCAGUCAAGAGAAGACAAGAAGAAAGAAAUAAAGCUUUUAUCCCACCAAAGGAAAAGCCAGUUGUGAAAAAGAAAGCCUCCACUGAGAAAAAGAUUGAUAUUGAAGCCAUCAAAGAAAAGGUAAAGAAUGCAAAGAAGAAGAAAUUAGGAGCACUCCCUGAGGAAGAAGUAAAGUUAAAAAUGGCAGCAGAUGAAAAGAAAAAAAAGAAAAAGAAGUAAUUCACCACCCAAGAUGUUUACUUGUCACCUCUGAUAAUGAACAUUUUUACACUUGGAAGAUGGGAGAUAUUUUGUUGUCAGUAUAAUAUGGACAAGAAAAGACUUAAGUAGAACGACCAUUCUCUUUUCCUAAGUACAGUUUAUUUAGUGGACCUACAAUAGCUGUACAGACUUAGCGAGGUUGGUGAAGAAAAGAUGUGCUACUGUGUUGUUUGAGAAAGUUAAUGUCUUUGGAUAAUACCCAUCUGUCUAAAGGGAAGGUUUCACAAAAGAAACACUGAGGAGUGUGAUGUGGAGUGUUAAACAUUUGGGUCAGAGAACUCUGGGAGGUGAAAGCUCAAGGUAAUUCUGUGAAAGACUACUAGACAUAUGCAGCCUCAACUUGUUGUGAUUACUUUUGCUAAAUGGGCUUAUUACUAUAUUGUGCUUUUAUUUUUGUAAAAGCUGAUUAUAUUUGUGUGUCUUGUCUCAGUAUUAAUAAACUAUUUUAAUACAAUGUUCUUAAAUCCGUAGUUCAUCUACUGCACCACCUCCGUUGUGUUGUCCAGGAAACAAACUCACAGUUUCAUUUGAAAAUCAGACAAACCAUAAUCUUCAUUGCAUACAUUAAUAAACUGUAAUUAUCCUGAUGGGUUUUUCACAGAAUAUGGUACAAAGUAAGUGUCUUUACUUAGGGAUUUUGCUGUAGGGAAAGCAAAAAAUUGUUACUUACCUUUAAAUAUAUUCUUAGUUUAUUUCCUCCUUGCAAGAAUGUCUUAAAAAAUUGUGUUCCUCUUUUAAUUUUUUUUUUAGGCACUUCGCCUAUUUUAAAGGAAGUUUAGAGGUUUUUCAAUUUCCUGAAACUGAAAUGUGAUGAAAUAAAGUGCACCAGCAGA